AUGGAGGAAGGAACCCCAGUCUGGUUAAACAGCUCCUCCAGAAAGGAUGAGUCUGCCUGGGCCUUCCAUCCAGACCAGACAGCCCUGGUCGGAGCAGCCCCAGCUCCCCACAGCCUCCCCAGGGACUGUCCGCUGUCUGUCUGCUGCCAACGAAGGAAUAACACCCCUCCUCCCCUGAGCAGUGGGCUCCAGGGGGACAGAGGGGAGGGGGAUGCUGGGGGUGUGGCUAUGGGGAGACACACAGGGCUGUGUUUACUCUUCUCUGUGGCCCUGGGACGCCUUAUGUGGAGGAAGGCCUGUCUCGCGGGCGACAGACUGAGGGGUCUGAUGCGGAUCUGGUCGUGGGAACAAUGUGGGGAGACCAGCCUGGUGUUACUGGGGUUCCUCACCCUGGCUUUGUCUGUAGGGAACCUCUCAACCAGGGGACAGGAGGAAGGGGCAGCCUCCAACAGUCUGGAGGAUGAGCUGGAGUCCACCACAUACUGGUGGGGGGAGUGGGCCAAGUGGACCGCCUGCACGCGCACCUGUGGAGGGGGGGUCAUGUCCCAGGAGAGGCACUGUCUCAAACAGAGAAAGAAAGCAGCCGCUGGUAGAGACAACAUGACCUGCACUGGCACUUCGAAAAAAUACCUCCUCUGUAACACCAAGGACUGCCCUCCCUCUGGGAGAAGCUUCAGGGAAGAGCAGUGCUGGUCGUUCAACUCACAGGUCUACAAUGGCAGGAACUACCACUGGAAACCCCUGUAUCCGGAUGACUUUGUCCAUAUCUCCAGUAACCCAUGUGACCUGCACUGCACCACAGCCGACGGCCAGAGACAACUGAUGGUUCCUGCUCGAGACGGAACAUCCUGCAACUACAACAACUACAGAGGGGUCUGUGUGGACGGCAGAUGUGAGCCAAUCGGGUGUGAUGGAGUGCUCUUCUCGCCCAAUACACUGGAUAUGUGUGGAGUGUGUCAGGGGGAUGGCAGCAGCUGCAGCAGGGUCAAUGGAAACUUCCGCCGCGGGGCCACAAGUUUGGGUUACUCCUUUAUCACAACAAUCCCUGAGGGCUCCUGGGACAUCCAGAUCAUUGAGAGGAAGAAGUCAGCUGACGUUUUGGCUGUGACUGAUCAGGCGGGGAACUUCUUUUUCAAUGGAAACUACAAGGUGGACAGCCCCCAGAACUUCCAUUCGGCGGGUACCGUCUUCAAGUACCGGCGGCCCAUGGAUGUGUAUGAGACGGGAAUCGAGUACAUCGUAGCCAAAGGGCCCAUCAACCAGGCCAUCAAUGUUCUGGUGUGGAACCAGAAUGGUCGUAUCCCUUACAUUACGUACGAGUACACCGUCCUACGGGAGUCCCUGUCCCCCAUCCCUCAACCCCCUGUCUACACCGGCCCCGACAGCACCGCCCCUGGGGUUUCCGUGGAGAUGGGCAGUAUGGUGGCCCCCAACGGGAGCACGUAUGACAAGGCGAUACCUGAGACUCAGCAGAACCGUUUGUUGAAGAAGGGGGCCGAGGUGGCAGGGGCCGAGGGCCAGGAGACCAAUGAGGUGUAUGAGGAGACAGCAGCUAUUGACUGUGUCCAGGACAGCCCAACCCCACCACAAUACACAGAUGGCAACAGCAGUCACACAGGCGGUGUAGCAGUCCCUGCCCCGGCAGCCAACAGGCCUUUAGAGGAGGUGCCAGACCCAGAAAACCUCAUCUGGAGAGUCUUGCUGGGUGAGCGGAUUGGUCCAGACGCGAGAGAGGGACUGUUCUCGUCAGAGGUGGGGCCAUUGGAGGUAGACCACAGCAGCGUGAAGUUCCCCCUCAAAAGCUCACUGGGGGAGUUCAGUCUGGGCCGGCGGAGUAAUGAUACUGGAGACCUGCUGUUCCCCAAUAGGACGUUGCUGACAGGGAUGAGGAGCAACAACCGUACCAACAGAACCAGGACCAUUCAGAGGUUCCUGCAGAAGAACUUCAAGCUGAGCCCUGCAGACAUGUACCGCUGGAAACUGUCUUCUCAGGAACCCUGCACCUCCACCUGCUCUAUAGGAGUGUCAAAGUCCUUUGCCAUGUGUGUGCGCUACGAUGGAGCUGAGGUAGAUGACAUGCAGUGUGACAAUAUGACCCGACCUGAGCCUGUUCAUGACUUCUGCAUUGGGAGGGAGUGCCAGCCCAGGUGGGAGGCCAGCAGCUGGAGUGAGUGUUCUCGUACCUGUGGUGAGGGCUUCCAGUUCCGUCUGGUGCGCUGCUGGAAGAUGCUGUCCCCCGGGCUGGACAGCUCUGUGUACAGUGAUCUCUGCACCCUGGCAGAACUGGAGAGGCCCCUGGAGCGCCGCGCUUGUAAGAGCCCCACUUGUGGCCCCCAAUGGGAGGUGGCCGAGUGGACUGAGUGUCCAGCCAAGUGUGGCCGCAGGGCCCAGGUGACCCGGGAGAUCAGGUGUUCAGACGAAACCAAGUUAUGUGAUCCCCUGACCCGCCCCCCAAACAUCAAGAACUGCACAGGCUCGCCCUGCGAGCGCCAGUGGACUGUGUCAGAGUGGGGGCCGUGCUCGGGGUUGUGCAGCCAGGGGAAGAUGGUACGCCACGUGUACUGUAAGACACCAGAGGGCCGUGUGGUGCCUGAAUCUCAGUGCUCUCUGGAGAAUAAGCCCCUGGCCAUCCAUCCCUGUGGGGAGAAGGACUGUGCCCCACACUGGCUCACCCAGGAUUGGGAGAGGUGUAACACGACAUGUGGCCGCGGUGUGAAGCAGAGGAUCGUGCAAUGUGCCAGCAUCACCGCUGGGAAGUUCCAGACCCACGACGAUGAAGACUGUGGUGCCAGUGAGAGGCCAGAGGACGAGAACACCUGCUUUGAGAGGCCCUGUUUCAAGUGGUACACCACACCCUGGUCUGAGUGCACUAAGAUGUGUGGUGUGGGUGUCAGGAUGAGAGAUGUAAAGUGCUACCAGGCUAGGGAGAUCGUGAGAGGUUGUGACCCCCUGACCAAGCCUGUGGCCAAGCAGACCUGCGCCCUGCAACCCUGUCCCACUGAACCCCCAGAUGAGAGCUGUCAGGACAGACCCACCACCAACUGCUCUCUAGCUCUGAAGGUGAACCUGUGCAGUCACUGGUACUACAGCAAGGCCUGCUGCCGUUCCUGCAGGGCCCAGCACGCCUCUUAGUACUGCCUGACACCCCCAAAACCUUUCCCCCAUAGUACACUACUCUACUUCACCACAGUAAGUUAUUCUACUACACUACAGUAGACUACUCUACUUCACCACAGUAAGUUAUUCUACUACACUACAGUAGACUACUCUACUUCACCACAGUAAGUUAUUCUACUACACUACAGUAGACUACUCUACUUCACCACAGUAAGUUAUUCUACUACACUACAGUAGACUACACUACUUCACCACAGUAAGUUAUUCUAGUACACUACAGUAGACUACUCUACUUCACCACAGUAAGUUAUUCUACUACACUACAGUAGACUACUCUACUUCACCACAGUAAGUUAUUCUACUACACUACAGUAGACUACUCUACUUCACCACAGUAAGUUAUUCUACUACACUACAGUAGACUACUCUACUUCACCACAGUAAGUUAUUCUACUACACCACAGUAGACUACUCUACUUCACCACAGUAAGUUACUCUACUACACCACAGUAGGCUACUCUACUACACCACAGUAGGCUACUCUACUACACCACAGUAGACUAGUCUACUACACCACAGUAGACUUGUCUACUACACCACAGUAGGCUAGUCUACUACACCACAGUAGGCUAGUCUACUACACCACAGUAGACUUGUCUACUACACCACAGUAGGCUACUCUACUACACCACAGUAGGCUAGUCUACUACACCACAGUAGGCUAGUCUACUACACCACAGUAGGCUACUCUACUACACCACAGUAGGCUACUCUACUACACCACAGUAGGCUACUCUACUACACCACAGUAGGCUAGUCUACUACACCACAGUAGGCUAGUCUACUACACCACAGUAGGCUAGUCUACUACACCACAGUAGCGUAGUCUACUACACCACAGUAGCGUAGUCUACUACACCACAGUAGGCUACUCUACUACACCACAGUAGACUUGUCUACUACACCACAGUAGGCUACUCUACUACACCACAGUAGGCUACUCUACUACACCACAGUAGGCUACUCUACUACACCACAGUAGACUUGUCUACUACACCACAGUAGGCUACUCUACUUCACCACAGUAGGCUACUCUACUACACCACAGUAGACUACUCUACUACACCACAGUAGACUACUCUACUACACCACAGUAGGCUUGUCUACUACACCACAGUAGACUUGUCAACUACACCACAGUAGGCUACUCUACUACACCACAGUAGGCUACUCUACUACACCACAGUAGGCUUGUCUACUACACCACAGUAGGCUACUCUACUUCACCACAGUAGGCUACUCUACUACACCACAGUAGACUACUCUACUACACCACAGUAGACUACUCUACUACACCACAGUAGGCUUGUCUACUACACCACAGUAGACUUGUCUACUACACCACAGUAGACUUGUCUACUACACCACAGUAGGCUACUCUACUACACCACAGUAGACUUGUCUACUACACCACAGUAGGCUACUCUACUACACCACAGUAGACUUGUCUACUACACCACAGUAGACUUGUCUACUACACCACAGUAGGCUACUCUACUACACCACAGUAGGCUACUCUACUACACCACAGUAGGCUUGUCUACUACACCACAGUAGGCUACUCUACUUCACCACAGUAGGCUACUCUACUACACCACAGUAGACUUGUCUACUACACCACAGUAGGCUACUCUACUACACCACAGUAGACUUGUCUACUACACCACAGUAGACUUGUCUACUACACCACAGUAGACUUGUCUACUACACCACAGUAGACUUGUCUACUACACCACAGUAGGCUACGGUAUAUCCAAAGGGAUAUGAUCUAAAUAAGGAAGAAACAGUAGAAUAUGAUAAAGGCUUCAGUCUGAACCAGAACCACAUACCUUUCUUUCAGAGGUUGUCAACUGGGCACAUGCAAAGACUGAAACCCUGAAGUAUUAAGAGUCAAGGGGGGAGACGAGAGAGCAAAGAGUGAACAGGUGCAUCUAUUUGUCUUUUGAAGAGAGAAUCCUACAUCAGAAAUCUCUUAAACCACACUUAAGGGCCAUACUUAUGUGGAAAGAUGCAUCAAAUUAUUUCCUGGUUGACUAUACUGCAUGUCUAGACUGUAUUUAAGGUAAAUAUUGAUUAGGAAUAUUAUUUAAUUAUAUUUUUAAUAAUGUCUGGCACAAGAAAGGUGGCCUUACUGAGUGAUAUCAUUGGCUAUGUUAUAACAAAUAGUACAAUAUGUCAAAGAAAAGCUUUAAAAAAUGUCUCAAGACUCAUUUCUGCUUCAUCUCUUGUAACUGCCCCAUUCUAUUGUUAUUCUGCCCAUUCUAUUGUUAUUCUGCCCAUUCUAUUGUUAUUCUGCCCAUUCUAUUGUUAUUCUGCCCAUUCUAUUGUUAUUCUGCCCAUUCUAUUGUUAUUCUGCCCAUUCUAUUGUUAUUCUGCCCAUUCUAUUGUUAUUCUGCCCAUUCUAUUGUUAUUCUGCCCAUUCUAUUGUUAUUCUGCCCAUUCUAUUGUUAUUCUGCCCAUUCUAUUGUUCUGCCCAUUCUAUUGUUAUUCUGCCCAUUCUAUUGUUAUUCUGCCCAUUAUAUUGUUAUUCUGCCCAUUCUAUUGUUAUUCUGCCCAUUCUAUUGUUAUUCUGCCCAUACUGCUAUUUCUAUAUUAUUAGUUAUUUUUGCAGGACAUACAAUUUAUUUAUUGCUCAUCACACAUGAUUUUAUCAAUCAUGGCAUAUAAUUCUUGAAGUUACUAAAUGCCAGUUAGCUAAAUGUGAAUGAGAGGGUAAGACAAAAGACAUACAGUAUGACCAUACAGUCAUCCCAUUUAUGAACUGAAAGAUUCCUGACAGUUGAGAAGGUUGAAAUACAUAAGUGUGUCUCAUUUUGACAAUAUCUUUAUCUAGUUUACUGGUUUUGUUAACUGAUACCUCUUUGUACAAAAAAGUUGACAUUUUGUACUGUUAUUAACUGAAAUGCUCAAUGUAUCUACCUGUAUUUCCAUUAAAAGGUCUUAAUUA